AUGCUGGUAUCGCCUGCUCGUGGAGCUUCCAUGCAUGUGAGGCUCUUCUCAACAUGCAGGGCUCUCCAACAUGAUAAUCCAUUGGGACUCCCACGUUCUGGCACACCUCCAUCAUUCCGCUCUCGUCGCAAUCUCCCCGAAAAGCGAAAGAUUCGCGAUGUCAAGAAAGUUGUUGCUGUUUCGUCGGCUAAAGGUGGUGUAGGAAAGUCAACAAUAGCAGUAAACCUCGCCCUCUCUUUCGCACGCCGGGGCAUUAAGACAGGUAUUCUGGACACGGAUAUCUUUGGACCAUCUAUACCAACUCUUCUCAAUCUCUCCGGCGAGCCUCGUCUCGAUGAAAAUAAUUGCCUCGUCCCAUUAACAAACUACGGGCUCAAAUCCAUGUCAAUGGGCUAUCUUCUCCCCCAGACACAAGCGGACAGCACAACAGGCGAACUGCCAAUGGACACAACACCAAUCUCAUGGCGCGGCCUAAUGGUCACCAAAGCAAUGCACCAGCUUCUCCACUCAGUCUCCUGGGGACCCCUGGAUGUCCUAAUCCUAGACCUGCCCCCAGGAACAGGCGAUGUUCAACUAACAAUCAACCAAGAAGUCAUAAUUGACGGCUCUGUCAUCGUCACAACACCACAGGACAUCGCACUUCGUGAUGCAGUGCGCGGAAUUGGCAUGUUCCAACGCAUGGACGUUCCAGUGCUCGGAAUGGUCCGUAACAUGGCAUUCUUUGCUUGUCCGCAGUGUGGACACCAGAGUCGUAUUUUCUCACAUGGGGAUCAACCGCAUGUCCACGAUGAAACGCAUGGCGUCGUUGCGGAGUGUAAGAGACUUGGAGUUGACUUCCUUGGCGAUAUCCCUCUUGAUGCUCGGGUCUGUGAGGAUGCUGAUCGGGGUAUGCCUACCGUUGUUUCGGAAGAGAGUGCUGAGCGUAGCGUUCGUCGCCAGGCUUUCCUUGAUAUCGCGGAGCAGGUUGCGAAGAAAAUUGGCCUGGAUUGGCGUUGA